AUGGACACUCGAUGCUGGUUUAUAAUUUUUAUACUAUCGCAAUUUCACAGUCUGUAUCGUCGAAAAUUCUUUGCCAACGGAGAUAGCUUUGCUUCUAUAGCGCAAAUGAAACAAAUCGUCGAUUUGGAGAUGAAGUUAGGUCAAAGCCUGGAGAGAUUUGUCGAGUUAGAGAAGAGUCGAUUGGAAAAAGUAAAACAAUUUUCUAAAAGUGUCAAGGAAGCCAUGAAUCAAGUUCAAUUAGAAGGACCAAAAUCUCUCGAGAAUCCUGCGACAUCUUAUGCUGUGAUCAAAAGAUUUGCGAACGGAUGGACGGAGCUUGGAAAUUUUUUAGAGAAGGACUAUUCCAGCGGUAAGGAUAAUCAUUACACGAUAAGACCUAAUUGCUUCUCUGUUAAGUGUCAAUGGGAAAACAUUGUUUGGGUUGGUAGUUUUGGGUUAGAUUUAGGUCGUCAUGACCAAACGGGACUAACCUGAAUUUCAACUGAAAAGGAAUUGCAAAUUUUCAUUUCUCUCCGUCUCUGAUUUUAGCAGGAAGAGCUGCGGUCGCAUUGUUUAUACUAACAAACAAUAAAUACAAAUCGUGAUACAAGCACGCGGCGGACAAAUCAGAAAACUUCGCGAUAUAAUUAAAGCAAUCAGAAAAAAUAUUCUGAAUCGUUUAAGGCGUUUGUAAGAGACUUUUUUUUUUGUUCUUGACAAGAUCAUCAUUUACCAGAUCAGAUUUCCACGUUUUUUUAUUAAGAGGUUUUCAGUUGCGGCCUGAUAGUUAUCAGCUUUGAAUAUUUUUUGUUCAAAGCCGAUAUCCUGCCGUGAAAAUUCAGUCUUAUAGAUACUUUCCAUCAAUGUAAAGCAAAUCAACGCGGAAAUGAAAUGAACCAAUGAGAGUAGAAGGGCGGCGACUGACGACGUUUACUCAGCGCACUCUGUCAUUGGGUUAAGGAGACUUACGUCACCAUCUCAAUAAAUGUAGUGACCAGUUUGAAGAUCGCUAAAAUCCAUGAGUGUAACUUGCGAUUGAAGUAGCAAAGCUUUGACCUAUCACAUCUCUACCACAGAUUUACAAAAUCUACUAAAGUCAAACAAAUGGCAGUUUCCAACUCACAAUGAAGAUCUUCUGGGUGCCAUGGCGGCUAUGUUUCGGCUCCAAGAUACCUAUAAUAUAUCUGCAGUUGACAUGGCUGAUAAUAACAUAAUAGGUGAGCGACGUAGAGGCCUUUCACAAAUUAAUGAAUUGAUUUUGUGGAUCAAUGUCAGUAUCUUAGCCACUGCGCACUUACCCCUCCCCCUAACACGACAUCAACCGUUAUUUCUUAUCAGUUGACUGUUUUGGGUCAGGGGUACGCAGUUAUUCAGAUACUGACAUCGAUCUACUUUUGUGUUUUCUCCAAGAGACCAGGUGAACUGAUAUUUAGUGCUCUGACUCCGUCGAACUUCAGCAGAAUUUCAUUUUUUUGUGUUCUUGAGCAAGACACUAAACUCUCUCCACGUACAUGUAAAUAGUAUAAAGUACUGGAGAACUGACAAGAAACCUUAACGACUCGCCGAAGGGGAGGUUGGAUGGGGUCUCGAAGGACUAAGAUCCCAUCGUUGCAGGUGGGGCAGCAAUGCCUGAAGUCGCCUCAAGCCACACCCUGAUAAGGAUGGGUCCCGGGAAGCAUAUGAAAGUUUUCAGGGUUUUACUCUCUCUCCUCUGCACGAUUCACUUUCGAUUCUGCUACAGUUCAGCAGCAUUUUAUCACACCAGGUUUGCUUUCAUGUAUCAUCUUCUAGGUUGCGGAGCCGCUCCAAAGCUUUUAGCCGAAGACUGUUUCGAUCUUGGAACUGUGGCGUAUCAAGCCGGUCGAUACACACAGGCAAGAGACUGGCUUAGAUUAGCAGAAACGUUCAUACGUGAAGGAAGACAUGAUGGGGCAGUGAAUCGAACUGAAGUGUUAGAAUACCUGGCAUGGAUCGAAUACGUUGUAAGUUCAUUUAACUCAACAUUUUCUCUGUAAUAUUUUGGUGAUAUCAAGCUUUAUGUAAGAGUUAGAACAAGAGCGGUUAUCCUCUCUAAGUUUAAGGGUAUACUUAAGGAAUUGAUCAUUAUUCAUCACCUGGGAGGAGGGAGAGAGGAAAUUUUGGAUGAUUCAUCAUAAAAUUUACCUGAUCCCAAUAUCCUCAUGCCCCCCCCCCCCACCCCCCCCCUCAUUGGUAUACAAUUUUUUUUAUACCCCGCUUUUUUUACUCUGUUGGCGACCACUGCUUCUCCCAUCGUUCCCUCUGUAAUCCAUGUGAUCCCCAAAAAUCUCCCUCCCCCCUCAGGCGAUAGAUAGUGAAAGAUCCCUUACUGAAAAGGAGCGAAAAGUAUAACCUACAGUCAGUUUUCCCUUUAGCGCUCUCAACCUUGUUUUUAGGUUUUUUACUGCUGAGAAGUCCAAUGAGAUUCCCUUUGCAUUUCAGAGUAUUUGUUUUUAAAGCAUCUCUUCCAGGAAUACCUUUAUAUUGAUGUGUAUAUAGGAGAAAUGGUUGCAGAAAAACUGGAAACGUGUUGUGGUUAUGUACCCAGACCUUCUGUAUCAACCUGUUAAUAUCUGACCUCACCUAAGACAUUCGACUACAAAGAAACUAAAUUGAUGUUUGAUUUUUUUUUUUUAAUUUAUUUUUAUACAGAAAGGAAAUCCCGAGCGAGCACUCAAUCUUACCUUGGAAAUACUGCAAUUUGGUAAGUCUUGAUCAAUUUUGGAGCUCAUGAGUGAAUUUUUUUAACAUCAUUUUCAUUUUUAAAUCUUUCGCGCAUUUUCGCUUAGUUCCUCAUAACAAACAGGCGAAGGAAAAUGUCAUGCACUACAGGGAGAUGGUGGAACAAGGAACACGUGAUACACAUGACCAAAUAAAGGCAAAAGAGGAAGAAAUCAACACGAAGACGUUCAAAAGUGGGAAGUACGCGACUUUGUGCAGGGGUGAUACGAGUCAGGUACCAGUCAUUUUGGGUUUAUGUCGCAGAAUUGGAAAGGUUUUUCAGACACACUCUGAAUUCACUCAAUAUCUCUCUUCAUCACAUCUAAGCUGCCGGGUCAACAUCACUGAGGCUAUACGUGAUGGGAAGUAGGCCAGUAGGAAUAUUUUUCGCCAUAUUCUUUUUAAACGUAAAGCGGUUUCUUUGGGAAAACAAGUCUUCUCUUAGAUUUUAAACACCUUUGCUUGAACGUCUUUAGGCUCUCCUCCCUGUUCGCCGCCCGCCGGCCCCUCCCCCCUUCCGUGAUACUAGGGCACUCCUCCUUAGAUUGCGUCGUUUCUUAACUUAGAGUACUCCUCAAGGAGAUCUUCAAUGCUGGUAUCACGGAAAGAAGAGUCCAUUACUCGUACUUAGACCAAUCAAAGUGGAAAUGAUUUGGCGCAAGCCUGAGUUGUUAAUCUUCAGAGAUCUUUUAAGUACGAAAGAAGCUGAAAGAAUCAAAGAGAUAGCCACACCCAUGGUACGUUACAUAAGAGUAGUUCUAUUGCUACAUCAUUCUUUUUAUACAAUAUUAUACCGGUUUAUCGCCGGAUUGAGAUGUGAAAAUCUGAUAAAAGUAAUAAAUUUGAAUGCAGAUAAAUCAAUACAGCCUUUGAUUAAUGCAAACUACUCCAAAUGAUGGGGUGAAAUCCAUGAAAUCCGGCUGCUUAUUCAAGCAACACAGUCAUCUCCCCUUUAUACAAAGGUGACUCACAAAUUACUUGUUACCCUUAAAUUUGCAGCUUCAAAGAGCCACUGUGUUUAACAGACAAACAGGAAAGCUAGAAAACGCGGAUUAUAGAGUAAGCAAAAGGUAGCCAUUUCUGAAUGAGGAAAUGACUUACGUUACGUAGUCUGAUCUUUGUCACACAACGACAAUGAUCAUCAAUAAGAAUCGUUUAAAUAUCGGAUGCUAAAUCGACCGUUAUCCAUUUAAAAGGCUUCUGUGCGCUCAGGUUAAGUUCUUAGAUUCGAGAGGUACGAUUUAACAGGGAAAACCUCAUUGCUCAUCAAACAAAUGUGAACAAUUCAUGAUCUCUUGUGAUCACUUAUUGAAGCCGAUCUGGAAUCUCUCAGGCAGAAAGAACUAGCGGAGUUAUAUAAAGUCAGGAAGUGAUGGGCUCCUGAUAAAGUCCAAUGUUUUUUGUAAUAACAGUGCUUGGCUGGAAAGUUGGGACGAUGAAGUCGUUGCAACAGUUAAUAGAAGAAUUGGUGCCGCAACAGGUCUGGAAAUGGACACAGCGGAACCAUUACAGGUAUCAACCCCAGUGUUAUGUGAGAGAUACGAACCCCCUGAAAACUGUUAGCUAAGAUAAAAUUAGGUGUGUAAUUAGUAUUUGGCCUAGGGAUAUCCCGAGAAACUCGACGAAAAAUAUCAAUUUCCAAUUUCUCUGAUGAUUAACUUGAUAUAUAUAUAUAUAUUUGAAGAUUGGUUCUUAGGUUUGUGUUGUAUUGUACUUAGGUUUGUGUUAGUAUUGUACUUAGGUUUGUGUUAGUAUUGUACUUAGGUUUGUGUUAGUAUUGUACUUAGGUUUGUGUUGUAUUGUACUUAGGUUUGUGUUAGUAUUGUACUUAGGUUUGUGUUAGUAUUGUACUUAGGUUUGUGUUGUAUUGUACUUAGGUUUGUGUUAGUAUUGUACUUAGGUUUGUGUUGUAUUGUACUUAGGUUUGUGUUAGUAUAUAAGGAUGAACUGGGAACACUGAAGGGCGCAAAGGUUCAAUUGUUUGUUAAACCCGGAGCUGUACCCAAAUUUCAUAAGUCUAGACCAGUGCCACAUGCAAUUAAGGGGGUUAUUGAGUAAGAGCUUGAUCGACUAGAGAAUAUGGGAGUGUUAGAGAAAGUUCGUUUCUCUAACUGGGCAGCGCCCAUAGUGCCCGUAGUUAAACCAGAUGGGGGCGUAAGGAUUUGUGGGGACUACAAAGUGACAGUUAACUCGACUUUGAAGGUAGACCAACAUCCGCUUCCAAAUCCAGAGGAGUUAUUCGUUGCUUUGAGCGGCGGAGAAAAAUUUUCGAAGCUAGAUUUAUCGCGCGCCUAUCAGCAAAUAUUGCUGGAAGAAAACUCGAGGGAGUUUGUAACAAUCAAUACCCACAAGGGACUAUAUAGACCUACUAGACUACCUUUUGGCGUUUCCAGCGCGAGUGCAAUUUUCCAGUCUUAGAUUGAGCAAGUAUUGCAAGCAAUAUCAAUGGUCGUUUGCCGAGUGGAUGAUAUUUUAAUAUCAGGCAAAAACGAUCAAGAGCACAUCAGUAAUCUCAACGAGGUGUUGACGAGGCUGAAAAACGCAGGCUUAAGAUUGAAGCUAAGUUAAUGUAAAUUCAUGCAACCAUCAGUUGAGUAUCUAGGAUAAGGAGUCGAUGCAAGCGGGUUGCACGCGAUUGAGAAGAAAGUUCAGGCAAUUCGUGACGCGCCAGCUCCUGAAAAUCAGCAGCAACUUCGAUCAUUUCUUGGGAUGGUUAACUAUUAUUCAAAAUUCAUAAGCAAUUAUUCAAUGGUAACGCAUCCAUUGAAUGAACUAUUGCGUGACGGGAUUAAAUGGAAGUGGUCGAAAUCGGAAGAGAACGCAUUCGCAAAGCUUAAAGAGAAAUUAGCGAAAGCCCCAGUUUUGGUGCAUUAUCAGAAUAAUUUACCUCUUAAGAUACUGACGCAUCGCAAUAUGGUGUAGGAGCGGUAAUUUCACACGUGUUUCCGAACGGCGAGGAGAAACCAAUCGCACUCGCUUCGCGCACGUUGAACAAGAGUGAGAGAAAUUAUGCGCAAAUCGAGAAAGAAGCCCUUAGUAUAAUCUCUGGAAUUAAGAAAUUUCAUCAAUAUCUAUACGGACGCAAAUUUUUGUUGGUAACCGAUCACAAGCCUUUAGUGACGUUGCUAGGUCCGAAAAGCGAUAUUCCAACUCUAGCUGCCGCGAGACUGCAGAGAUGGGCAAUCUUGUUGUCGGCAUAUCAGUACGAGAUCGAGUAUCGUUCAACGCUGAAACACGCGAACGCAGACUGUUUAAGCCGAUUGCCGUUGCCCGUUGGAAGCAAAUCAGAGGAAUUCGAUGAAGUUAAGUUGAUAAAUUCCUUACAAAUUGGAUCUUUGCCAUUAACCGCGGGUCAGAUUCGAAAGGCUACACGUGCGGAUCCUGUGUUGUCCCAUAGUUAGUAGAGUAGUUAGUCUCCUCUACUAACUAUGGUUGUCCAGAGUAGUUGAGUAUACAAUGACAGGAUAGACCGAUGACGAAAAUCCGACUAUUCAAACGUAUUAUCAGCGACGGAAUGAACUCACUGUAGAAGACGGUUGUUUGUUGUUGGGAAUUCGCGUUAUAAUUCCGGGUUCGUUGCGAGAACGAGUUUUGCAGGAGUUGCAUGAAGGGCAUCCUGGAAUUGUGCGAUUGAAGUCACUCGCACGACUCCAUGUUAAGUGGCCCAAAUUAGAUCAAUCAAUCGCUUCCGUUGUACGCGAUUGCGCUGAGUGCCAAUCAAAUCGCAAAUCGCACCACUGCAUCCGUGGGAUUGGCCAGACACGCCCUGGCAGAGAAUUCACAUCGAUUUCGCCGGUCCAUUCGUGAAUAAGAUGUUUCUUGUAGUGGUCGAUAGUCACUCCAAAUGGCUAGAAGUGGAAAUAAUGCCUAGCGUGACCAGUGAGUCAACGAUCGAGAAACUGAGAAAUAUGCUUGCUCGAUACGGUGUACCGAUGCAAUUAGUGAGCGACAAUAGUCCACAGUUUACUUCGCGAGAAUUCGCAGAUUUUAUGAAACAAAAUGGAAUAAAACACACGCUGAAGGAAGUUCGUCAAUAACGCAGAGCUUGGCGAGAUUUCUAUAUUAUUGUAAGUAUAUCCUGUAAGUAGGGAGUUGAAUAAAGAAGUUGAAUGAAGCAACUUGCCUCGUGUAGUUUUAGUCGUUAAGAACACGACACUUUGACCGACUUAUUCCUUAUACAUGUCGACCUUCUACGCGAUUGUAGAUGAUGAUAUGCUUCGUUUUUUUCAUUUAGAUUGCAAAUUACGGAAUGGCAGGACAGUACGAAUUUCAUCAUGACUUUGGAGUAAGUACUGAUCACCAUAAUAUUUAAUAACAAAUAAAAAAGAGAAGUUUUUUUCUCGUACAGCCUAAAGUGGAAGAGAGUCUAGACAUUUCGACACUAGACUACAAAGGUCUUCUGGGGAUAAGGUACAAGAAGAUUCUCAAAAUGAACACUGAAAAUAAGUCUUUAUCUGCUUGCCUCCUAUUUUUUUCUCCAGGAUCCAGGUUCGCCUUUGGACUUGUCAUCGAAUGGAAAUCGCGUCGCUACUGUGCUCAUUUAUGUAAGAAUCUAUUCUUAUUUCAAAAUGAAAUUCAUGUUCUCCGUCACCUUAUUUUUCAGUAUUACCUUAAAUCGCGUAUCUCAUAUGCAUGAACAACUGUUGAACGAGUCGUCGACAUUUCGAACGCUACACUACUGAUCUUUUCUAGACGAGGAAUAAGGAUUUCAAUGACUUCUAACGUAAGAAUAUUAAACUUCCUGACCUUAUUUUCAUCCUUUUUUCCUUUUCAACUUUCUUGAAAUGCAGUUGAAUGACGUCAGCAGGGGAGGUUACACAGUUUUUACGCGAGCGAAGACUUAUAUCAGCCCGACAAUGGUGAGGAAUUAAACACGAACGACAAUUUUCUCCUUAAAAGAAAUCUUUCAUCUCUUUGCAAGUAAUUUGUAUCUGUUGGCUUAUAGGGAGACGCAGCGUUUUGGUACAAUCUUAAACGAUCAGGAGAGGGUGAUUAUGAAACGGAGCAUGCAGCCUGUCCAGUCCUCUGUGGAAAUAAAUGGGGUGAGUCUUUAGGGGCACUGGUGCCAGGUACCUAAUUCUAGAUUGGGUGGUUUUAAGUCCGUAAGCGGUUCCAAGUAGUUUGGGCUUCUUGUAAAUGACGGCCGGUUUCAAAGAACUGUUCUAAAGAAAUAGUUUGAAAAAGAGACAAGUGACAGGUGAACGCAUACAAUUGUCCGAAAGUAUGAGAAAAUGAUUAUCAUUAUCCCAGCCGAACUUCCUUUUAACUGUUCCCUAAUCUUCCCCAAAUUGCACAGCGAGAUUUAUUCAAAGAGGUCAAAACCUGAGGGUGAAACUCACUCACCACUUUCAGCUCACCCAAAAAAACUCACCCCUCACCCCUACCCCCUCCUCCAACGUUCACCCCUCAAAUCUUCUCAGUCCACUCCUAUCCAGUAACACUCAGUUCUUGGACAACAUGGUCUUCCUUGUGAUUCUUAAAGACUCUAUGUUAAUCUGGGUAUAUAAUUCUGAUCAAAAUAUGUUUUGGUUGUCUAAUAGCGAUGUUUUUCCUCGUUUCCUCUUUAGUGGCCAACAAAUGGUUACAUAUUCGAGGACAGGAAUUCCGCCGCAAAUGCAGUCUUAACUCCAAAGAAUGAGGAAAAACUCUGAUUACAACUGAAGCUUUGUUUUUGUGGUGGUCCUUUUUGAAUCCCGACCCAUUUGGUCUAAAUGACUUCUCGCCGUAGGAAGUAAAUUGCAUGAGGAAAUAAGCAAAUUGAAAUCACAGAUAAGUUCUCAUUGGUCCAUACAUCAAGAAAUUGCCACUCGGUAACUAAAUGAGUGAAACAAAACAAGCUUAUGACUUCCGCUGGAUUAAUUACAUCAGCACGUGCACGUAAAUCCAUAAUCACUUACUUAUUUAAUACGGCCACAGUGACAUAUAUUGUAAAUGAUAUCACUGUUUUUAAACGCAC